AUGAAAUAUUCUCUUUCUAUUCUCUCUGUUACCACAUUUUUUUCCAUUGCUGCUAUUCCGGCAAUUAUUAAACCGGAAAUACGCACUAAUGUUAUAACCGAUCAAAAAAUUGAAAUUGAUCAAAUUAAGAAACACGAAGCUUAUGCACUAUACAAACAAUAUUUCAAUAAACCUAAUAGUAAGUCAAACUUUGAAUAUCGUCGAUAUACGACAUUUCUCCAAAAUGUUGAAAAAAUUCGCCAACAUAACGAACGUUACGAACGUGGUGAAGAAACAUACAAAAUGGGAAUCAAUAAGUUCGCCGAUAUGUUACCUGAAGAAACAAAAAAAGUGAACGGUUAUCGAUAUGAGAAAAAACAAUUAUUAUUUGGAAAAAAAAAUGUGAUGAUAAUGUCAGCUUAUCAUCGACUACCGGAAAAAGUUGAUUGGCGUACUAAGGGUGCUGUAACACCAGUGAAAAAUCAGGGUGCAUGUGGAAGUUGUUGGGCAUUCAGCUCUACAGGAGCACUGGAAGGACAACAUUAUCGACGAACAGGUCGUUUGGUUUCACUUUCUGAGCAAAAUUUAUUGGAUUGUAGCUAUAAUUACGGUAAUGCCGGAUGCGAUGGAGGGCUUAUGGAUUAUGCAUUUGAUUAUAUAAAAGGAAAUGGUGGAAUCGAUUCGGAAUCAUCAUAUCCAUAUGAAGCAAAAGAAGGUCCAUGUCGUUAUUCAAAUCGAACUCGACUGUCAACUGAUAACGGUAAAGUUGACUUACCGGAAGGUGACGAAAUGCAGCUUCAAGAAGCAGUAGCAAAUAUUGGACCAAUAUCAGUUGCAAUUAAUGCGAGAUAUUUAAGUUUAUAUGAUGAAGGUAUUUUCACACGUGCUAAUUGCUCAUCCGAAGAAUUAGAUCAUGGUGUUCUAGUGGUAGGUUACGGAACUGAAGAAGUACGAGGAAAAAAUCUCGAUUAUUGGAUUGUUAAAAACAGCUGGGGCAAAGAUUGGGGUGAGAACGGUUAUUUCCGGUUAGCAAGAAAUAAAAAGAAUAUGUGCGGCAUAGCAAGUGCAGCAAGUUAUCCGAUUGUACCGAAAGAAAUAAUAAUGUCAUUAAUGGAUUAA